UAACCAUUCCCUCUCCUGACAACGAUACAUAUGAGCUGGGUGGGGCGGAGAUUUGUAUUCAUGUUUAGAAGAUGAGCAGACCGAUCACUACUACGGGGCAGCCGCUCGGUAAGAAAGGACUUGAGAGCAGGUCAGCUGACCAAGAUCACAAGAACCAAAUGCACACGGUAGAUGAUACUAACGUUUGUGAAACAAGGAACACAACCAAAGGGAGUACAGGAUCCAAGAAUUGGUCUGAAACGUCACAGGUUAAUACUGUCCACAUUCCCAGCUCUAUGAGAAAUAAGACAUUUCUUCAGCACCCUGGCCUUACUAUCGGCCAGAAACGGUAUUUAUGUAGCAUUGCCAAGGUCUACAGCACCAGCCACAUGAAUACACUGAUUCAUCAAUACCUGGAUCCAAAGACCGCGCAUGGCUCUGCAAAUAACAUUAGGCGAUACGACUCAAAGGAAAACAAAUGAGAUGC